AUUUCCUCUAAACAUUUAAAUUGCCAUAUGGCAUAUCCAUCAAAACUAGCUAUCUGGAAUCCCGAAAAUUAUUCAUUUUCUUGAUUUUCAUCCAUACUUACAAGCUAAGAUCUUGGCUUAAUCUUUAUUUUUCAUAUACUUUUAAGCCACUUCAUUUGAACCCUUUACAAUUUUACUCUAUAUGAGCAUUUCAUUUUCUUGGUUUCAUAUUCAAACCCUAUUUUGAUUAAUUUCGGAGGGUUUAACGCUUAAGCAAUUAAUUUACUCCUAAAUGAGUUCUUUUCAGAUGAUGAUCAUGCAGACACCUCUGGCUUAGAAUAUAAUCAUAUUUAGGAAGACCAUCUAGUUAAGUUUUAAUAAAUUAGGCCAUGUAAAUGAGAAGCUUCAAUGAAAUAAUUUUUUUUCUUUUUUCUUUUUUCUUUCACCUACCAUCACGACUAUUUUCAAGGCUCCUUGGAACCGGAGCUGUUUGAAAAUGCUAAUCUUGAAAUUCGAUGUCUUGUUUGAGCUUUUUGUAGUCCAAUAUAAUAUGAUAUCGAGUCUUGGGAUUGUUUCAAGAUUAUAAAUAGAGAAAAAAAAUUGUAUGGGUUUUUAAUGAAACAAUUAUAUGAAUUAAUUGCCAUGUGUAAUGAAACCUGCAACGGUUAUUAUUUCAAAAUUAUGAGAAACAGAAGGCUGCCUAGCCGGCUUGGCCGGCUUCUGAUUUGUUCCUUUCAAGGUUGCUUCAAAACAAGGAAAUACAUUCCUCUCUUCCUUACAAGUAUGGGCUCUUUCCAUGGAUCACUACUCAUUUUUCUCUUCUACAUAUACUAGACCUGUAAACCUUAAACCCUGUCUCUAAUAAGUUAUCGUUCUUGAGAAAUCUGAUUGCUUUUCUUUGUAAUAAAGAGAGCCCAGAAAAUGCAUGGCUUGGAGGAAAUUGGAGGAGGAGGAGUCUCUCUUUCUCGUCCCGACCCUGUUGUUUUAGAGCUCAACAGAUUGCAAAACCAACUCAAAGAGAGGGAUCAGGAGCUGGGAAAGGCUCAAAGUGAAAUCAAAGCACUGACAGCAACGGAAAUCUUAAAGGACAAGGCUCUAGACGAGCUUGGAAGUGAGUUAAAAAGAUUCGAAGAGAAGCUCAGAGUCACCGAAAACCUUCUUGAACAGAAGAAUCUUGAAACUACUAAACUUGCAAAUGAGAAGAGACAGGCAUUGACUGCACAAUAUGCAGCUGAAGCAACUCUUAGGAGGGUGUAUGCGAAUCAAAAGGAUGAUGAUUCUAUUCCUAUUGAGUCGAUUAUUGCUCCUCUUGAGGCAGAACUGAAGACGUAUAAGAACGAGGUUGCAGUACUGCAGGAAAAUAAGAGGGCUCUGGAACGGCUCACCAAGUCGAAAGAAGCAGCAUUGCUUGAAGCGGAAAGGAUAUUGAAAAGUGCUCUAGAAAGGGCACUUGUAGUAGAGGAGGUUCAAAACCAAAACUUUGAACUUAGAAGACAAAUUGAAAUCUGCCAGGAGGAGAACAAAAUACUUGAUAAGACAAAUAGGCAAAAGGUUUUAGAGGUUGAAAAGCUUAGCCAAACUAUUCAGGAGCUUGAGGAGGCCAUUCUUGCUGGAGGAGCAGCAGCCAACACACUUCGUGACUACAAACGACAGAUUUCUGAACUAAAUGAGGAGAAGAGGACACUGGAAAGAGAACUUGCAAGAAUAAAAGUUUCAGCAAACCGAGUAGCAACUGUUGUGGCUAAUGAGUGGAAAGACGAGAACGACAAAGUAAUGCCAGUCAAGCAAUGGCUGGAAGAGAGAAGGAUGUUGCAGGCAGAGAUGCAACGGUUAAGAGACAAGCUAGCGAUUUCAGAGAGAACGGCCAAGGCUGAAACACAACUCAAGAAUAAGUUGAAUUUAAGGCUGAAGACACUGGAAGAAGGCUUAAAGCAUGUGUCAAGUUUCUCAGUCAAUCCUAAUGCAAAUGUUGGAUCCCCAAAAACUGAAAAGAGCAAUCACUUUUUUGGGAUCUUAGCGAGUAAUACCAAAAUGAGAAAAAGAUCUGCAUCACAACCUAGGGGUUCCACUAUGAACAGAAGCUCAUCAAUGCCAAGAGACGAGAAACAAACUUCGACUGCUAAACUAGAAAUGAAGCCAGUUGAUGGUACGAAAAGGAGAGAUCCUUUUGGAGAAAGUUUGCAGAAAAAGAGUUUGUGGGCUUCUCGGAAUAAAUUCAUAGACAGUGAAAAGGAGAAUGCAGAGAUGAAUAAAAAUACUACUGUGAAUCUUGAGAAGUUAAACAGCAGUGAAAUUGGAGAUUUGGAGAACUCAAAAUGUAUAGUUGGCAGCAAUGGAGAAACGAAGAAUGUGGAUAGUACUAACAGCAAUAGCAAAGAUGUAGUAUCUGGAUUUUUGUAUGACAGGCUUCAGAAAGAAGUUAUAAAUUUGAGGAAGUAUUGUGAGUUUAGAGAAAGCUCUUUGAAUGCUAAAGAUGAAGAAAUCAAGAUGCUCGCGAAGAAGGUAGAAACCCUGUUGAGAGCCAUGCAAAUUGAGUCUAAGAAAACAAAGAGAGAAGCUGCAAUAAGAGAGACUGAUUUAGUAUCAGCUAAGGGGAAUGACAAGAUAAGAAAAACGAACUCCUCAAAAAGGUCCUGAAUGCCUCCUGGAGACUCAUUUUGCGAGAUAAGGUGAAAAUGAGCUUGGAAAUCAGUAGGUGUAUCAUACCAAUUCUCAUGAUUUCUACACCAUAUAUAUAUGUGCACAGAAUAUGAGUGAUGCAAGUUAGCAGAAAUAAUGUUUUCAAUUGAUUUGUACAUGGGAUUGUCAAGCGUCUUAGAUGAUGAUUUUCAGAGAUAUUUUCAGCUAAGAUUUAAAGGGAUGAUAUUCAAUUCAACGGAAAAGGUCUUGUAAAUAAUUCUGUUAAAUAAUGAUUAUUUAUGUUUGGAGUGGUAA